UUUGGAAGUAGAAUCAUGGCAUACUAGUUACCAGCCCCUGAGGCUCAGCGACUUCGGGUGGUGCUAACUCUGAUUGUUCUUCGCCGUUCCGCCGAGCAUAGCCAACACAACCAUGAACAAUUUCUUGGGUUUGAAGUUAUCAAGCUCCAUAACUAAACCUUCCCUCUUCAACACCAUCACUUUCUUCCCCUUCGUCGAUAAUCUUUUCCUUAGAAUUCCCCCCAUAUCCUCCACCUCUCUUUUACCUCCUUCCAAACAAAGUCUUAAUUCCAAGCGAAAAGGUAGAAGGAUAAGUCCUUUCUUCAAAGUCUGUAAUGCCCACUCCAGCACCUUAACCAGUCUCCUUAGCAACCGAACAAGAAUAUUAGGGAGAUUUUUGUUGUCUUUUAAAGGACCCGAAGCAAGUAACUUAGCCACUGCUCAAGUGGAAGAAGAACAAGUGGAGGUGGAAGUUGCAGAGGGCUACACCAUCACUCAGUUUUGUGAUAAAAUGAUUGAUGUGUUUUUGAAUGAGAAGCCCAAGUCGAGGGAAUGGAGAAAGUUUUUGGUGUUCAGGGAAGAGUGGCAAAAGUAUAGGGAGAGCUUCUAUAAUCGCUGCAGAAGGCGUGCUGAUAGUGAGACUGAAGCUACUAUGAAACAAAAAUUGAUUUCCUUGGGGAGAAAGGUGAAGAAGAUUGAUGAUGAAAUGGAAAGACACAGUGAACUUCUUAAGGAGAUACAAGACAGCCCUACCGACAUUAAUGCUGUAGUUGCACGACGUCGUGAAGACUUCACAGGGGAAUUUUUUCGCCACCUCACCCUACUCGCAGAAACGUUUGACAGUUUGGAGGAUCGUGAUGCAAUCGCUCGGCUUGGGGCCAGAUGCCUGUCUGCCGUCAGUGCUUAUGAUAACACGUUGGAGACUGUGGAAACAUUCAAUGCUGCUCAGGCCAAAUUUGAUGAUAUCCUUAACUCUCCAUCAAUGGAUGUGGCCUGUGAGAAGAUCAAAAGCCUUGCCAAAGCAAAGGAACUAGAUUCUUCAUUGGUCUUGUUGAUAAACAGUGCUUGGGCUUCAGCAAAGCAGUCUACGACUAUGAAGAACGAGGUAAAGGACAUAAUGUAUCGUUUGUACACGACCACAAAGAGCAGUCUUAGGAGCAUUUCACCAAAAGAAGUAAAGCUACUCAAGCAUUUACUGAACAUCACAGAUCCUGAAGAGCGGUUCUCAGCAUUAGCAACAGCUUUCUCCCCAGGGAACGAACAUGAAGCCAAGGAUCCCAAUGGCUUAUAUACUACUCCUAAAGAGCUACACAAGUGGAUUAAGAUCAUGCUUGAUGCAUACCAUCUCAACAAGGAAGACACUGAUAUUAGGGAAGCCAGGGAAAUGAUUGAGCCUGUAGUUAUACAAAGAUUGUUCAUCCUCAAGGAAACUAUUGAAGAGGAAUAUUUAGAUCAACGAAAGCCCCAAAAGUCUCAAACAGAAGAAGAUCCUAAAGGUUCAUAUAUUUGACUUCCUGCCCAUUAAUGUCACUAAAAUCUCCACAAGUUUAGGUGAAGCUUUGAGCUUUGAACUGUGAAUUCCACAAAUGAAAGCACCAUCAAUCUGCUGCUGCUUUAGUUGACACUGCUCUGGAUCAGAGAAAAAAGCAGAAGAGACAUUUUAAAGAGAAAUCCCAACCUUCUUUCAUUAUGUUAUAUACUCGAGGCUUCUUAGAACACAUGAUAUUUCAACCACCAUGCUUGGAUUUUGCUUUGGUACUGUCUGAGCCAGUUACAAAUGGUUGACUUUUGAUGAUUGUCAUAUUAUAACAUACAAAUAUUUAGCUAUUUUUUUCUGCUUAAUAAGGUAAAAGGGUAAAUUAUAUCAACUCAAGUUAUUGCAUUUUGUAAACUUUGUUGCAAGUUUAUAUAUCAUUUCAUAUUUAAGACGGAAA